CUGAUCGUGUUACCAGCAACUGGUUUUAUAAACAGCUCUGAAAUAAUAUUAGUAAAAAUCGAUAAUUAACAAGUUAAAAUUACUACUAAAGUGAUAAUAGUGAUUAUUUAAGUGCAGGAAAUCAUACGUGAGUAAAGAAAACUCUCAUUUUGUUUGAUUGCAUGAUAAUAAACUGACCAUUGUUCUGACUAACCUAACAAUUUGGUUAGAAUAAAAAGAGCAAUUAUCAAAAUCUGGUUGUUCGUCAACUUUUAAAUAAAACAGGUCCGUACUCAGCCAAAUUAAUGAAACCGAAAAAUCGAAAACGACCAAAAUGAAUAAUAAUAACAGCAAUGGUAUUAUUGAUACUGAUAACUCACCAAACACUAAAAAAUAUUUCACAGCAUUGACUCAUUCACCAAUAACUUUUCCAAGCAAAGAACAGGGAAUUAUCUUUUCUGCAAUAGAGGGCCUCAAACUACAAGAUUACUUAUUAGAACUCGGACCAAUUGUAGAUCCAAAAAACAUUAUAUUUUCAUCCAAGAUUUCAAACAACCGUGUUUGUGUCUACUUAUCAAGUAAAUCAGUGGUAGACAAAUUUUUAAAAGAACAUAAUUCUAUUAAAAUUAAUAACAGAGUAAUACCAGUAAGAAAGCUAGUUAUCCCAUCACAAAGACUUGUUCUAUCCAACGUAAGUCCCACAAUUCCACAUAAUUUAUUGGAAACCAAGUUAAAAACUAUUGGAUUACAGCUAAUGUCACCUAUCACAUUCUUACGAAUUGGAGCACCUGAUCCAGCGUAUAGUCACAUACUUAGUUUUCGAAGGCAGGUGUACAUAUCUCCUCCAGAAGAUAAUUUCCAAAUUCCCGAAGUAUUAGAAAUUUAUCAUGAUGACUUAACAUAUCACAUAUAUCUUACAACAGAUACAUUAUGCUAUACGUGCAAACAACCAGGUCAUUUGGCAUCACGAUAUGCCAGCCUCCAACUCCAAGCUCCUACUUCUCCAUAUACUAAAUCACAACAACAACGUUCCUCUCUAGACAAUCCCUCAGACAGCAAUAAUUCAAGUGAGGCUAUAUCUCUAUAUCAAAUACUACUAACCUUGAAAUGA